AUGCGUGUGAAGACUCUUGUGCUGGCAUGGCUGCCAACACUUGCGGGUGCGAAUGGGCUGAUUACCGAAAAUUCCUCCCCAGAGCUUGUUCCCUUGGCCUUUGAACCGCUGCCACUGGGAAGUAUUAGUCCGAAUGGAUGGCUACGGACAGAAUUGGAAACAUCUGCCGCCGGCCUGGGAGGGCACUUGUACGACUUCUGGCGCUUUGUGGCGGAGUCGUCCUGGAUUGGGGGUGACUCCGAGUACAGUGUGCUAAAUGAAGCUCUACCAUACUGGGUAAACGCUCUUGUUCCCUUGUCUUACACACUGGGCGAUGAGCGCCUGAAAGAAAAUGUCCACUAUGUUGUGGACACUAUUCUUGACCGAAUUCAGCCUGAUGGAUGGAUCGGCCCCGAGACCCUGGCCAGCGGAAAGCGAAUGAUUUGGGCACGAACAUUGCUGUUCCUAGGGUUAACAAACCUGGUCGAGGCAAACUCUACUUAUGAAAAGCCGAUAGUUCAUGCAAUGUACCGAUUCAACGUUCUCAUGAACUCAAUGCUCAAGAAUAACGGAACCGGUAUGAUUUACCAUGACGGGGAUCCUUUGUCACCCAAUGACUUCACAUGGUUUCUGGCUCGUGUCGAAGACAUGAUGGUCAGCUUACAGUGGCUCAUCGACCGUUAUCCGGGGAAAGAAACAAAGAUUUUGAAAGAGAAUAUCGAUAUGCUUCAUCAUUUCGGCAACAAAUGGGAAGGAUGGUACACGGAGGGCAGCUAUAUCAAAAGAAAUCUGUAUGACUUCCCACCAUCAGUCACAGAUGAGCAAUGGGCCUUUUUACACGGUGUCACAAUUGCUGAAGGCCUCAAAUAUGCAGCUGUCCUCCGACGUUCGACCUUCAAUGACAGUCUACUCACCACCGCAAAAAAUGGGGUGGAUUGGACGUUUAAGUAUCAUGGCUCGGCUUCGGGGACGAUUCUAGCCGACGAACGCAUCGAUGGGCUGAAUCCAUACUAUGGAUCUGAGCUCUGCACAGAUGUGGAGACUAUAUACUCGCUAGCAUACAACUAUUUUGCCAUUGGUGACCCGAAUUACGCGGAUCGUGCCGAGUUGACGGCCUUCAAUGCCUUGCCAGCAGCCGUUUCGGGAGAUUGGUGGAGCCACCAGUAUAUGACCGAGCCGAAUCAGCCGUUCUCCAAAAAUCUCUCAGCAACGCCAUUCUACGAUACAAAUACCAUAAGCCAAACUUUUGGUUUGGAGCCAAAUUACCCUUGCUGCACUGUCAAUCAUCCCCAGGGCUACCCGAAAUUCACCAUGUACAGCUACCUCAAGAAGGGUGACUCGGGACUUGUCCACGCUCUGCUAAGCCCAGGUCGGGUGACAACUCAAUUGAAAGGCCAUUCAGUGAUAAUAGAUUGCCAGACAGAUUAUCCAUUCGAUGGCCAUCUGUCUUACACAAUCGAAAGCGACACAAAAUUCGAUUUCUAUAUCCGUGUACCGCAAUGGUCGACAGGAACAAAAUUACGGACCUCUCAUAAUCUAACGACAUCUUCGAUGGACCCCAAUUCACGUCUGUACCAAUUGGAGAUCCCAUCUGGUAAAACGACUGUUGAGUAUGACAUUGGCAUGGCGCUGAGAACAGUGCAUCGAGCCAACGACACAGUUGCGAUAUACAGAGGCUCCAUUUUGUAUGGACUCCAUAUCCCACCCAUCAUAUCCUCUGGUCCUCCCAAAUUUUACAAUAACGAAACGGACUACCCGGCUGGUACUUACCCGCCCCAAGCUCAGGACCAUACUCUCUUGAACAGCACCAGCUGGAACGUGGCAAUUGACCCGUCGACGCUUGUUUAUCAUCCAGGGUCAGGACCAUUACCAUCGCCCACGUUCGAGGACGGACAGUUACCCAUGUUCGUCACUGCAAAGGCCUGCCUUAUUGAUUGGCCUCUUUGGAUGGGGGUGGUACCAGACUCCCCCAUUCCGAAGAAGGAACGCAAGUGCCUGGGAGAUACAUUUGAAGCGACGCUCCGGCCAUAUGGCAGUUCGAAGUUACACAUGUCGGACUUGCCCACUAUUGAGUUGGAGAAGUGA